CACACUUGACUCUGUCUGUGCCUGCAUUUUUUUUUCUCCCCUUUCUCAUUCGGUCUCUGUCUCUCAGCAGCAGCAGCUCAGGGAGGCAGCUGUAUGUGCGUCUGCAUAACAAUUGCCACAGGUAAAGACAUCUGCAUCGUCGGAUGUUGCCAACCCCACAAGGGGUUUUGCUGCUGCGGUUGCAAGUUCUCAUCCCAGCACGGAGCGCACAUUUCCAAUCAUCUUCUGGAAAGCAUCCUGGAGGGAAGGACAAGCAGAGGAUCCCAGCAACCCGACCAACAAAUCACAAGCUGACUUAAAAGAGCACAGGCUUUCACGGACUGAGGAAAAAACACCACUCAGAGAGAGACAAGAGAGCAUCAGUGGGAUAUUUUUAAACAUUGUAGCCUCCUGUUUGUGUUUUUUUGCUCUUAUCUCUUGCUUUCUGCUCUUUCUGCAUUAAUCAUUUCAUCCACUCCCUGCAUCCCAUCCACUUCCUCUCUCAUUUCAUCCUUCUGUGGCGGAAUGUCCCCUGCAAAUAGAUGAGAAGAGUCUUUCUGAGCGGUUGCUGCAGUAUUAACGGACAGUAUACUGAGACAGCAGGGCACUGAGCGGACAGCUUGGGUAAAUCUGAUCCAUUAUAGCCGACUGGAGAAGGAGCAGGAUCACGCGUCGCAGUUGCAGAUUUAUCCGCCCUGUGAUACCACUGCACGACAACACCCCUCAUUCUUUUUUUUUUCUUCUCCUCCCUCUCUCUGUUCUCAUCUAAAGUGUUGCUUUGUGACUGGAUCAAGAGAAUUACUUGGAUUCUACUGCUUUAUUUUCAGCCUGACUGGGAUUCAGAGCACACAUAAAGGAAGCAAAGUGGGUUUGGAGCCAAAGAGUGGAAAAAAAAGAAAAGAAGUCUUUAAAUAAAAAGAGACGCUUGUUGAAAAGAAACGCGGAUAAUACAAGGAAAGUGUUUGACGGAUGCAUAAACGACAGAUCUCUCGCUCUCUUUCAGUUACAAAAGAGACCAAUUUUGGGAGCUGAGGGGACGCUGACUCGGCUAAAGCUCUUAGAACAGGCUGCAUUGGGAAACAUCUUUAUUUUUUGUGGUCCUGCACAAGGUGGGGAGGCAACAAGACCCACCCUGCAAGUUUCCCUCCCCUCGUUAGACGAUACUGUCCCGUCGUGGAUUCUGCUUGGAGGGGACGCAUAUGCAUGUUAAGUAGAAAAAGCUGUGGAUUUUUGCUGCAGUGACAUCUGAACACUGAUGCCACAGAUUCCUCAUAGAUGUGAAGCUGUUCCUUCCCACCCAUCUCUCCCUCCUGUCCCUCUUUCUCCUUGUUAGAACACUACUUCUUCUCCUCUGGCUUACCCUGCUGUGAACGUUCUUGAAGUUCACUGUUACUUCAGUUGGACAUCGGGAGUUGUGCCGGACUAAACACGGACUAAUCGGGCGAUUAUCCGUCUACGCCAGCUCUCCCAUUUUUCACUGGGUGUCUCUACGUGUGAAUGUGUGUGCUUGUGUGUUUGUGAUAGCGUGUCUGCAUGUAUCUCCUGCACCCCUCCCUUUCUCUUUAUCCUUGGAUUACAUAUAUGUGUACAUGUUAUUGAGCGUCCCAUUCCCGUGAGGUCCCUUAGUAUCCAUUAUAUCACCUUUCCCUUUGUCUGUUCUCAUUGUUCUGCAUUGUUGGGAACCUUUCUGCCAUGUGCUACCGAUGCUUAUCACAGGGUUAAUCCUCAAUGAGCCAUAAAGGACGGAAAGAAAGGAUGAGUGAGUGUUCUGGGGCAGCUGUUUCAGGGGCGGUGAUCCUGGAGGAGCCUGAGGGUUCGGGGGCUUCAGGGGGCCGUGGUGAGGGCCAGGCCCAGGAUCAGGGUCCCCUUCGCUGUGCCGUUUGGCCACGCCAGCAGACAUGGCUGUGUGUGGUCCCCUUACUUAUCGGUUUCAUUGGCCUUGGAUUGAGCCUGAUGCUGCUGAAAUGGAUUGUUGUUGGUACAGUGCGGGAUUACGUGCCAACAGACCUGGUGGAUGCUAAUCGGAUAGGCCAGGAUCCUAUCUUCCUCUCCAAGCCAAGCGGGAUUCCCAAAAGUCCCGAUACUACAACAACCACAACUACUCCGACAGUUGAUGGUGGGAACCCCACACCUCGAACUGGAACUUUUGCGAAAGGAAGAACUCGUUCCACUGCUACUACCACAACUAUAAACCCAAGAGGGGGUGGAGCCUCGGGUAGCCAAGUCACCCCUCGGAAUCCUGUAAAUCGUAAUGGACGAGGACCUUCGGGUUUUACUACUACGGCAGUGCCACGGACGACCUUCAUAAUUGGAGCAGCAACAUCUAGCCCCUCACCGUCCAAUCCAACUGUACUCCAUGACUCUACGCAGAUGUGGACCCUGGAGCAUACUACUACUGAGACGAUCUCCACCACGCUCACCACGCGUACACACGGCCACCGCAAGACACCAUCUCCAACUGUCCCUCCGCUGCACUCGGAGCAUUUCAAACCCUGUCAUGAGAAGGACCUGGCUUACUGCCUGAACGGUGGCGAAUGCUUUGUCAUCGAGACGCUUAGUGGGCCUCACAAGCAUUGCAAGUGUCGAGAAGGCUACCAGGGAAUCCGAUGUGACCAGUUUCUCCCCAAGACAGACUCCAUCCUGUCUGACCCAAUUGACCACUUGGGCAUCGAGUUUAUGGAGAGCAAAGAGGUGUACAAGAGACAGGUGCUGUCAAUCACAUCCAUCGCUAUGGCGAUCAGCCUCCUGGGAACCCUGUGCAUGGCCCUCUACUGCCGCAACAAGAGGCGCAGAGAGAAGCUCCAGGCACACCUUAAGGAAAGUCGCACUUUGAAAAACUACACUGCUAAUUCCCUCAAUGCCCUGGAUGCCAAGAUGAGGGCCCCGAACACGAACCUGCAAAUGCAUGAGUACUGCAAACGGUCCUCCCAGUCUCGCCAGGGAAACGUUUGUGCGUCCAGCUUUGCACACUGCAACAUCUCCACUACGCCGUCCACCAGCUCCAGAGGCACAGCGAAGCAUCACAGAAGUGCUUCCUUGUCUCACAGCCCGGAUCAGAGAACCCGGGCAGCCCACUGGUCAGCUCCACGCAGGACCCCACCCAUACCCAGGGGAAGGCUAAAUCCGAUUGGAGGAUCCAAGUAUUCAGGCCACGCCUACCAACACCUUCAGGAAGUGGACUCAUCUGAGAGGGAGGCUGAAGCACAAAGAGGUUGCCAAAUGCAGGUCACGAACCAACGCGACGACCCCAGACAAGAUGCCUUCCUACAUAUGCAAACACCUGUUUCCAAGGAGACAUCGUCGCCAUCGCCUUGGAGCGGCCGCGUGGAGGUAGCGCGUUCAGUCCCGUGCGCCCCGUCCGAGCACAACAAUCCGGAUCCCACCACCCGCAGCCUGCGCAGGCCUGGACGCCGUCACAGCCACUCCCCGCCUCCUCCGUUUCGCUCCUGCUCUAUCCCAAUCAUCCCGUCCGUCCAGUGUCACCACGAUAACGAGGUGUCUUGUAUGCAAACCAGCGUCGCACCGGCAAACACAGCGAUGUCAGCCGCCUGCGGCGCCUUGCCCUGCAAGGAAGCGAGGAGAGAGAAGGCAGCGUGCGCCGCGCCGUCUUCUUAUUCCUGCUCGCCCACCAUUGGUCAGCAGCAGGAUGAGGUGGCGCUGCUGCUGGAGGAGGCGCAGGAGCACCUCAGGGUGUUGGCGUUGGCUCACAGGAAGCAGGAAGAAGGCGGGAUCAGCAGCAGCAGCGGAUCGACGGCUGCGCUGGUGGAGGCCAGAGAAACUGUUUGCUUCCUGAACCUUAACGGAGGAAGUGCUGGGGCGCUGAGCUGUAACAGACCCACGCAGACCCAGCUACUCAGCCCUAGCCUAUCACACAGAGACCUGGGCCAAACCAGCCAAUGAAAGGACACGAUUUAGGACAUUCACUUUCGGGUUUGACAGUGUUUGACAGACUACGGUGUCUUGCGUCUGUGGGACAUGAAUGGAAAUGCAGAACUUAAAAAA